AUGGGGCUACAUGGUGAAGAAGAAGUAGAAGUAGAAGGAACUCAGUUUCCCAGCAUCCUCCGCGGCACCGCUCCUGAUCAUCUCUCCCUGACGGCCAGAGAGCUGAGGCCUCUUCAUCAUCCAGCUACACCAAAAACUUCACCACUGUGCACAUUUAUUGUGGCCUUCUCUAGUGUUACAAUGGAGCCAUCGGGACGUACUACGAUAUCUUCAUCUAGCAACCACACCCUGAACUCAACAGGUGGAGUCUGUCCGUGGGAGGUCAGCGACAAGGCCAGACUGUGCCGCUUCCUCUGCUACGGCUCGGAGGGAGACAUGUACACUGCCAGAGAGGAGGGUAACGUCAGCAUGGAGAGCGCCGGAAGUCUGCUGUCCCUGCUGCAGGAGGGCCGAGGUGCUGAGGUGGUGGAGGAGAUAAAACGGUUCACUCAGGACGGGCGAGCUGUCGGACUCGGCCCCUCCUUUUUUGCCUUGGCUUUGUGCUCCCAGCACUCGGAGCUGAAGACCAGACAGGCAGCAUUCAAAGCCCUGAAGGAAGUUUGUCGGGACCCUUUCCACCUGUUUUCUUUCAUCCAGAACAAGAAGGAAUUGAAAGAGGGUAUGAAGUGUGGCAUUUGGGGACGUGCCCUGAGGAAAGCGGUGUCUGACUGGUACAAUGAGCAAGAUGCCAUGAGUCUGGCUGCAGCUGUGACCAAAUGUAAACAGAGAGAAGGAUGGUCACAUCAGGAUCUGCUUAGGCUCUCUCACACUAAACCAGCUAAUGAAGCUAUUGCCUUAAUCAGCAAAUAUGUAACAAAAGGAUGGAAAGAAGUCCAGCUCGCUUACUCUGACAAAGAGAACUCAGAAGAGGUUGCCAAAGUGCUUUCAUAUCUCAAAGUGGUGGAGAAGGUCAAGCACAGUUGUGAUGAAACGGAGGUCGUCAAUUUAAUAGAAGAACACAAACUGGAGAGGGAGCAGCUGCUGACGGACCACCUGAAGUCCAAACAGGUAUGGAGAGCUUUGUUGAAGGAAAUGCCUCUCCAAUCACUGCUAAGGGUUUUGGGUAGGAUGACGUCGAACAAAGUUCUUGAACCAGGAAGUUCAGAAACACAAGCUGUGUGUGAAAGAAUCCAGAGCGAGAUGGCACUAACGAAGGCAAAGAUCCACCCUUUCAGCAUACUGUUGUUUUCUGAAAACUACAAAAGAGGCCAAGGCUAUCAGGGUAAAACAAAAUGGGAUCCAGACAGCAGCAUCCUCAAAGCAAUGGAUUCUGCCUUCUACAAGAGUUUUAUGAAUGUGGAGCCUGUGGGUAAACGCUUCGUAGUGGCAGUAGAUGUGAGCACAUCACUGAGCAGCAUCGUCCCAGGGACGUCAGUCAGCACUGCUGUCGCCGCUGCAGCUAUCACCAUGAUUUUUGCAAGAACGGAGGCAGACACACACGUGCUGGCCUACUCUGAAGGUGCGUUGGUUCCAUGCUCCAUCUCUGCUGACAUGACUCUCGCACAAGCAACAUUUGAACUGGUUAAGAUCCCGGGUGGGAGCACAGACUGCACCCUUCCCAUCACAUGGGCCACAGAGAAUGGGAAAGCUGUAGACACGUUCAUCAUUCUGACCAACAACCCGUUGUGGACGUUCACCGCCAGCCCAGUGGAGUCUCUAAAGAAGCAUAGACAGAAAUCAGGGGCCAAUUCCAAGCUGGUAAUGUGCGGGCUAUCUUCCAUCGGACACGCCAUCACAGACACGGAAGACCGGGGUUUACUGAGCAUCUGUGGCUUCGACCUCGGAGCUUUGAGCGUCAUUCGUAACCUCGCCCAGGAUCUAAUCUGAUAAAGUAUCGGGACCAUCUCUGAAUCGUGUCGUUGGAGCACAAAAGGAAGGCACAGAAGUGUACCAACCGUGGCGCACUUAGCAUGUAGCAGCACUAAUCCAAAAGAUGUUGACAUUUACAAUUCCAAGUUCUCUUUUUGUAUUGUGUAGCUCACGAGUCAAUUGACAAAGCGUCCAGCGGGCUGGACACAAUGGAAAUGUUACGUGCAUAUAUUUUUUUUUUCUGAAAUUUGAAAAGGAAGUGAGAAGACAUGAUAUGUUAUUGCAUAUCAUGCUGUCAAGAGUUUAAGUGCAAACAGCACUCUGUAUGUUAAGUGCUUUGAUGGUUCUCGGUGAGACACUAACCCAUUGAACAAUAAAUUCCACUCAUUUAUAGCAAGAUGUUGGCAGGUUCAAUAAGAGGAACAGAGUCUGAAUGUUUGAGGCGUAGUGCAACUGUAGGUUUGUUUGUAGGGGAUUUACUGUUUCUAGUAUGUAUCUACUGUAUGAUUUUAGCAUGUUUGAUGUGAUGGUAGAGGCAUUUUGAAUUUGAAAGCCUGUCCCUCCGUCUCAUGUAGCAUUAUUAUAAAUGAUUAAUAGAUAUACAGUACAAGAGGAGUUGAAACUUGGCAUCAAAAGUCAAAGAAGUGCAAUGUGUUCUGUUGAUUUUUCAAAUUAAUUGAUUAAUUUGGUGAGAUUUUUUUAUAGUAAUAUUCAUGACUAGAAUUCCAUUUACUCUUGCCUUUAGCCUAGGUACAGUUUUAGCUGUAUUAACAAUUGUCAAGUGUGUCUGAUAAAACAAUACCCUUGGUGCUCUUAAAUGUGAUGAUACAUUUUAUUUGGGAUUUUUCCUUUGUGAAACUAUAAUGCCAAUGUUUGAAGAGAUAAGUCAGUUUACUGUAAGUUGGAGAAAUGGACUUAUUCUCAUAUUUUAGUCUGAAUUCUAUGCAUUUGAUUUCACUGUAUUAAUAUGUCCAGGAAGGACAUAGCUAUUUAAAAUCUGUUUACAGAGACUGAAUCCGCUAGCACAUUAAUAUUUCCGUAUUUUUGAUGUAAGAAUGUUAUGCAAAAAAACUAACAGAUAACUGCUACCUUCCUGGAGUAAAAGUAACCGAAUGUACUUUUGUAAAACGUGUAACUGUAGCGAUUUAAAGUACAAUUCUUUAUAUUUCUUCAAACACAGAAUAAAACAGAGUGAUUUAGCGUUAGGGGCCAAUUCAUUUUUUGGGGGAAAUGAAAGCAAACGACUACAGUGGUACUUCUUGUUUUAGUCAACAGUAAUUGCUGUAAUUACUGACAGCAUUCACUAAACUUGUCACUCAUUAAUUUUAUGAAGAGGAAGAAUUUCCUGACCAUGUUACUGUGAAGGUUUUUUGUCCCCUCAUGCCGAUAACUGUCAUUUUCAAUGGUAAGACAAUGUCCACUGUUCGGUUAACGGUCAAAAUUCUAUAAAGCUAAAAUAUUUGUAUAAUAUGAUCGUUUAUAGUUGAAAGUCUUGACAGGAGAGAUGGUUAUUAUGAGGUAUGGCAUUGUUUCACCACCAUGGUUAACUCCUUUUCCAUCAUUAUUGUUGCAUCCAUUACAUGCAUUACAAGUACUAGACUGUAGUGACAGUGUAAACCCCUAAUAAACACUUUGCUGCUCUUAAAAA